CAGAGCAGCUCAACCAACAGCGACCCCCAUCUCCAUCGGGGCCUGUACCAGAUCAGCUCCUCAUCCUUCCACCGUGUGUUUAGUUUCUCCCAUCAGUAUCCCUCAGCCGAUUACCCAGAACGUAGCGACUUUUGCAACGAGACCCGACCCUUAAAUUCACCAGCACGCGCACCCGAAUAGGAAUCGCAGAAUGAAUCCGCAGCCACAAGGCCAGGCCGGUCAAGGCCAUCAUCCUCCGCCCAUUCGCCUCCUCCAACCUGAACACAUGCGCAACCUAAACUAUCUGACACCUGACGACAAGGCGAAGUAUGAAGAGGGCCUGAAACUGCUAUAUGCCAAGAUGGAGCAGUACGGACCCGAGACUGUAGAGCACCAGAGCGCGAAACAGAAAGUCACCGAUUUUUCCAGAAUGGUAUUCACCAAGAUUAAGAGUAUACAAGCGAGGAAUCAGGCCGCCUCCCAAGCCCAGGCAGGUCAGCCAGGUCAGCCAGUCCAGUCAGGGCACCCCAACGUGCAACCUCAAGGAGCACAGAACGGACAAUAUCAGAAUGCCCUAGCGGCAGCCCAGGCAGCACAGAAACCCGGGAUGCAGCCAAACAGGCCACCAGGGCCCGGCACCAGUGCUGGCGCUGCGAACCCCGGCGCACCAGCUUCGGGGACCGGACCGACCACCGGUUCCAACCCCCAACCCGUCUCCAAGCCCAUCUUGGACCAUGUCAACAAGUUGCCCUGGAGCAUACUUCCGAUCCCGUCUCAACUACCCCAAGACCAGGCCCAGAAAUGGUUGGCAGAGACGAAGAAUCGGUUUAUACGAAACCUAACCCAGAUGGAGAGUCUCAAGCUGAGAUCCGCGAGACUGGAUGCGCUCGUCAAGGAUCGACAGGAAAAAGGGCAGUCUCUCCCACCUGAGGAGCUCAAGAAGAUCCAAGACCAGAAAAUACAAGAUCAGAGGAGCUAUCAGGACGCUGAGAGAUUCAUCAAGGGGGUCCGCGCUCAGAUGCAUGCUGCCGGGCAGAACGGUAGCUCCCAGGGGCCGAACGCUCAGCAGGCUCGGCCUCAGCCUAUGCCGCCGCCUCAAAACCUAGCCAGCACAGCUUCGAGCCACCCGAUGCAGGCUGCGUCGGCGUCCGUGACUGCGGCGAUGGACGCCGCAAAAACUCAGCAGGCCGCUGCUGCUGCUCGUGUCACGGCACCAGGACCUACAGGACAACCUCAGUCUCAAACCCAGAUACAGCAUCCUGGAACUCCAGCCACCCCGGCAACGCCGAUGAGUGCCCAGCAACAGCAUAACCAACAACAACCGCAACCGCAACCUCCACAGACGCAUCCGACCCCAGCUCCACAACCGCAGAUCAAGAGCGAGCCUGGAACACAUCCGCCGCCAGUGAAUACCGCUCUCGCCACAGCCGCCUCGUCUGCUCACCUACCGGCCUCGGUGGGGACACCAACUCAGCCCUCGGCACGCGUUCAGACACCCCAAUCUGCAUCACAACAGGCGCCGGGAUCCCGAGUACAACCAUUGUCGCAUGCGGCAGCGGUGAAUCGCGCUAACUCGUCAGCGAACAUCAGCGGCCAGCCAAGCAACUCUUCCGGAGGUAUUACCCCUACGCCUGGGUCCGGUAACCUAGUCGGAAGCGCCUCUCACUCCGGCCACACGCACGCACACCCGCAACCCAACCCCCCGCCGGCCCUUACCACUAAGAUGCCAAUCAAUAAGAAUCUGCCGGCCAAAUCGACCGAGACCCCUCAGCCGACCUCUGUGGGUGGCGGCAACACGCCCGGCCGUCCUUCUAUGAGCGGAGGUGGCGCUACCGGCGGUGGAGUCAUGGGGCAGACCGUCAUUCCGAAGAUGACCAUCCCGCAGUACGAUACCGAGGGCGACCACGUGUUGUCCAAGAAGAAGCUCGACGAGCUCGUCCGCCAGAUUUGCGGUGGUGGCUCCCCAGGCACUGAUGGCAACUAUCUGACGCCGGAUGUUGAGGAGUCCGUCCUAAGCGUGGCUGAUAACUUCGUCGAUAACGUCUUGCACACGGCUUGCCGCCUGGCUAAGGAACGGGGCAGCAAAGUGCUCGAGAUUCGCGAUAUUCAACUCGUCCUAGAGCGCGUAUACAACAUCCGCAUCCCCGGCUACACCUCGGACGAGUUGCGCAUCGUUCGCAAGGUGCAGCCGGCAGCCAAUUGGAUUUCCAAGGUGCACGCCGUGCAAGCCGCCAAAGUCAUGCCUGGCAAGGACGACAAGUAGGACAUGUCUGAACUUGCAAGUAAGGCUAGCGGAAAGCGGAAAGCAUCAGGAGUGACGGAAGAGAGAACCACCAUCACGAAACGCAGCAGGACAACUCACCCAGGUGUCUAGGGUGUUGCGCAUGUUUGCCGCGGGGGAGAGAAGGGAGGAAGGGGGCAAAACUAGAUAUACCCCCAAAGACUCCCAUGUGCCUUGACAAUG